CAGCAUCAUGCUUAGACUUUUCAAAGAGACAAACUCCAUUUUCUUAUGAAUGGAAAGUGAAAACCCCUGUUCCGCUUAAAUUGGGUUCCUUCCUGUCCUGAGAAACACAGAGACCCCCAAAAGGGAAGCAGAGGAGAGAGAGAGACCCACACCCAGACCCCGCGAGAAGAGAUGACCAUGACCACCAUGCCAGAAAGUCUCAACAGCCCCGUGUCGGGCAAGGCGGUGUUUAUGGAGUUUGGGCCACCCAACCAGCAAAUGUCUCCUUCUCCCAUGUCCCACGGGCACUACUCCAUGCACUGUUUACAUUCGGCGGGCCAUUCGCAGCCCGACGGCGCUUACAGCUCGGCCUCGUCUUUCUCCCGACCGCUGGGCUACCCCUACGUCAACUCGGUCAGCAGCCACGCGUCCAGCCCCUACAUCAGUUCGGUGCAGUCCUACCCGGGCAGCGCCAGCCUCGCCCAGAGCCGCCUGGAGGACCCAGGGGCUGACUCCGAGAAGAGCACGGUGGUGGAAGGCGGUGAAGUGCGCUUCAAUGGCAAGGGGAAAAAGAUCCGCAAACCCAGGACGAUUUAUUCCAGUUUGCAGUUGCAGGCUUUGAACCGGAGGUUCCAGCAAACUCAGUACCUAGCUCUGCCCGAGAGGGCGGAGCUCGCGGCCUCCUUGGGACUCACGCAGACGCAGGUCAAGAUCUGGUUCCAGAACAAGCGUUCCAAGUUCAAGAAACUGAUGAAGCAGGGCGGGGCGGCUCUGGAGGGUAGCGCACUGGCCAACGGCCGGGCGCUGUCUGCCGCCUCCCCGCCAGUGCCGCCCGGCUGGAACCCCAACACCUCAUCCGGGAAGGGCUCGGGCGGCAGCGCGGGCUCCUACAUCCCCAGCUACACGUCGUGGUACCCCUCGGCGCACCAAGAAGCUAUGCAGCAACCCCAACUCAUGUGA